AUGUCUACUCCAGCUAGAAGACGGUUAAUGAGAGAUUUUAAAAGGAUGAAGGAAGACUCACCUCCAGGAGUGUCGGCUUCACCUCUUCCGGACAAUGUCAUGGUGUGGAACGCUAUGAUUAUUGGGCCUGCUGAUACCCCAUAUGAGGAUGGUACUUUUAGGUUACUGCUCGAAUUUGAUGAAGAUUAUCCAAAUAAGCCACCUCAUGUUAAAUUCUUGAGUGAAAUGUUCCAUCCUAACGUAUAUGCCAAUGGUGAAAUCUGCCUUGAUAUCCUACAGAACAGGUGGACACCGACAUAUGAUGUUGCAUCGAUUCUCACGUCUAUUCAAAGUUUAUUUAACGAUCCUAAUCCGGCAUCUCCGGCAAACGUAGAGGCCGCCACCUUAUUCAAAGAUCACAAAUCGCAAUACAUAAAGCGUGUCAAGGAAACUGUAGAGAAAUCCUGGGAGGAUAAUAUGGAUGACAUGGAUGAUUCUGAUGAGGACGAUGAGGACGAUGAAUAA